CUCAAGCACACUCUGUGCGGAUCUUCUUGUUUAGCUGGGCGUUUUGCCAACCAUGGCGAAGGCGAAGAGCACGAAGGCCCAGAAGGCUGAGCAGAAGGCGGCAAAGGCCGCGCAGCAGAAAAAACGGCAGGCGAAAAAGGCUGCCAACCUGCCUCUCAUGGAGACCGUGGACGACGACGACUCGCCCGAGAAGCGCGCGCGAGCGGAGCGGGCCCGGAGUGAGCAGGACAAGUUUAACAAGUGCAUCAAUGACAAUUUCGAGGGUUGGACCGAAGAAGACCUCACGAUGGUUUUCGUUGACGGCCUCAACGUGAUCCAGAAGGUCAAAGCCGACAAGGAGGCGAAAAAGGCUGGGGAAGCCAUUGCCUUCGGGAAGAAGUAUUUCGCGGAUGUCCGGGAGAAGUGGCAGAACCCCAACGGUUCGCUCGCGCAGUUGGAGCCCGAUGACGACACCCUCGCGAUCGACGUGCAACUUGAGCAGGCCCUGACGAAUCUCAUCAAGUCCAAGAAGGACGCGGCUGAAUGGUUCCGGUGGUGCGAAGAGGUGCAGGAAGUCGACGACCUCAACUUCUGCGCUUGCUUCCGGCAGUGCUUGAAGUGGCCCGCGUUCCGGAGCCUUGAGAACGCGUCCAUAUCCAUCGCUGCUUUCCGCAUGGCGAAGCGGCUGGGGCUGGACAAAAAGCUCGUACGUAAGUGGCCUUUACUCUUGACGCAGUUGGACCGCGCGGCCCACAGGCAGCUGCUGUCCUACAAAAGCCAGGGCAAGACGAACAAUUUCUGGUGGCAGUGCAACAAGGACUGGGCGGACCUGCUGUUGCCAGAGGCCGAGACGAGCAAGGCGAUGGAGGAGAAGAAGGCCUGGAGCAACGUGAAGGAGGAGAUGAUGAAGGUGGCUGACUCGUGCGAGACUGGCAGCGUCUUGUUCGCGAAGCCGCUGCGCCAGCUGGAGGUGGACCGCGGCGCCGUGUUCGUCGCGACCCACGUCGAGCAUCUGGCCGGCGAGAAGGCGAUCAACGCCGCGGCGCUCAACAAGCACAAGAGGGAGUUCGAGGCUGCCUGCAAGAGCGCCGGCAUCGAUGUGUCGAAGCCGUUCACCAGGCCCAAGCUCGUCGAUGUCACGUACCGUUCCAGGAGGCUGCAGGUGCAGGCGGGCUCAACCAUGGACCAUUUCCGGAUGGCGCAGGAAGCUCUCAUCAGGACCAUCGCCGUCGACAACGACCUCAUCCCUUCCGUGUGGUGCGAGAAUGAGCUCGUGGGGCAGAGGGCCAAGACCGGUCAUACGAUCGUCCAGAGCGUGUUGGGGACGCCCAAGAACUCGCGCAAGGCCCUGGACGAGUUCGUUAACCCAGACGAGCUGUCUGCAGCAACCAUCACAAAGUGCUUGAAGGCGAAAUCAACGUUCCUGAAGUCCCUGGAUCGCUUCAUCUCCAUCGAUAUUGCUUUCUGGUGGAGCUGCGUCGGCGAAUCCGCGAAGGAUGCCGUGGAGGAGGCGAUUCUGGAGUGCUUGCCCCGCGAGGGCGCCAGGCCCACCAUCGACCAGAGCAUCGCCAAUCUCAAGCGGCUGGCCGACAGCAAGUUGGGGUCGUUCAUGGGAACCGGCUUGCAGACCUUCCUGCAGGCCGUGACGGGCUGGGUCAAGAGCUUGAAGAUGAACUCGCCGCCGAAGAUCGACCAGGUGCCAUCCACGACCUUCACGGCGAAGGUCGAGGACGCCCUCGCCCAGUGGUACGAAGCGAAGCCCUCUGGCGGCGGUGCCGUCAGCGAGCCGAAGAGAGGAAAGGCGGCUGCCCGCGAGGUCUGGUCGGAGCUCAGCGAGAAGAAUGCCAAGGAGGAGGCCAUCCCAUACGAUGCCGUCUCCCCUUUCAAGGGCUUCUCUUUCCUCCUGGAGCCGGCGGAGCGCUCCAAGGUGAAGCCGCUCUUGGACAAGGCCGGCGCUGCCGGCGGCCACGCCGCUAUCGCCGCCGCCCCCGGUGGCCCGGAGGGCAAGAAAAAAAGGAAACACGUGGAGGCGCAUGACGUCACCGGGGAGGUGGCGGCGCUGUUCAAGAAGAGCAAAUGAUUCCACUGUCGGGCUGAGUGCUGGCGCCGUCGGGCGCCCGAGGCCCUAGCGCACGCGUGCGCGACCCGCCUGCUGUGCGCCGCGCUCCUCUGUUGCCGAAGUCUGGUUUUCGGGGCCCUCCGCCCAGCCUUCGCUUUUCCCGCCCGGGGCGUACUGUGGAAUUGCACAGUGCGAUUUGUUACACCUCCCUUGGAGGGCCUUCGGCCGGCGGCAGUUGCAUAUCUAGACCGGUGCACUGGCAUGACCACGUCGAUAAGCAAUUCUGCGAGGGGGAUCGCGCAGUUGGAGAAGAA